ACACAAUGCUUGUGCAAUUGAUUGACAGCUACAGCGCCCGCCUCUGUUGCUGGAAUACAAAGCUGAUUGGCCACAGCGCCCUCAAAGGCAAAUCGUUGAUUGGAUGUAAUGUAGCAGAAGCCUUCCCGCCGGGCAUUUACGUAGAUUUGAUUGGCUGUUAAGGCGUUGUGUUUGGGUCGAUGCGGAAAUAGACGUACGCGUUCUGCUAGUGAUAUAAUAUCAAUAAAAAAUGUCGAUAAAGUUUUUUAAUGUGAAUUUCUCAUUAGAAUAAUAGCGGGCGAUUUAAUUAUGUAAUGUCAGACGAUUUUAUUAACCCGCAAAAUGGACGACAGUGGAACCGAAACACCUAGAAUAGCUUACAAAGUUUUCACGUUUGAAGAAAGCAAGAAAGACACAGAGGAGUCACUGUCUGUCUGCAUACCAGAGGUACUCGACCCACACUAUGGCAUGUAUGUGUGGCCUUGUGCGGUGGUGCUGGCACGGUUUCUGUGGGCACGAAGAGAAGAGCUGAGAGACAAGACAGUACUGGAGAUUGGUGCAGGUGUGAGUCUGCCAGGUGUGGUGGCGGGGAAGUGCGGUGCAAAGGUGAUCCUGUCAGACAACGCUACGACUCCACAGUGCCUGGAGAACUGCAGGCGCAGCUGUGAAGCCAACGGCCUCCGUGACGUGGAGGUGCUGGGACUCACCUGGGGGGAGAUCUCGCCGGAUCUCGUUCUGCUUCCUGAGCUGGACGUCAUCUUGGGGUCGGAUGUUUUCUACGAGCCACAAGAUUUUGAAGAUGUCCUCGUGACUGUUGCUUAUCUUCUAAGAAAGAACCCCAGAGCCCAAUUCUGGACCACAUACCAAGAGAGAAGUGCCGACUGGUCGAUUGAAGCGUUGCUCCACCGGUGGAAGCUGAGUUGUGUUGAUGUUGAGCUGGAAAGCUUCGAUACGGAUAAACCUGAGCUGGCUGAAUCAGCUCCGCCGGGCAGCUACAGCGUCCAGAUGAUGAUCAUAACGCUGAAGACGGAGGACGCUGGGCCGUAAUUACAGACUAAAUGUUGGUCAUUGUCAUCGGUGGUUACAGGAGCCACCAAAACUCUCAUCGUAGACGGAAGGUGGAGAAAUUAAAUGAAUGAAUGUUAAACAUGACAUUAAACCUUUCAGCUGCAUGU